UUUUCUUUUUUUUUUGGCAAUCAUUAAAUGUGUUAUUCAGAUUUAGAGCUACGAGUUAAAGUCUUUGGGGGAUUCUGCUGUCUCUUCUGCUGUAUUACAAAUGUAGGUAAGAACUUUUUUUUUUUUUUUACAUUUUACUUUAUUUUUUAUAAUUAAAGCAGCAUCACGUUUCAUUUGAUGUUUUUGGAGGUCAAUAUCGGAUCAGUAACUCCUUGAACACAAGGUAUUUCAUCUUUAUCGGAAAGGUAAACAAACAGCAUCCAAACUCUGACCAGCUCCAAUGGGAGUCCGUGCGUAAAAGCGCGUCACUGGCGCGCUGCACACGCCCCCUAAGAGAGCUCACACUUUUCUCCUUGCGGUCGUGCAUCCUCGAGAUCUUUAGCAUCUCAGCAAAGUGCUCGUCACUGAGUCUGACUGACUUCUGGACUCCUCUGCGCUGUCACAGGAAAGAACUGCGCAGGAAGAAGAAGAGAACCUGAUCCAAGUUUCAUCCGAGGACCGAAGACUGACAGCUGGAAGACGCACAUCGGCGGCAAAGAGCAUGAAGAAGACGAUGAAUUCUGCCCUGAAAAGGUCUUUCGAGGUGGAAGAUGUUGAGACUUCUCACUCUUCACCCGGCUCCCGUCGGUCCACCAACUCCCCUCACCGAAACGCCAUGUCUCCAACCAGCAUCUAUUACCGCGACCUGGGCACUGCCAGCACUGCCACCAACAACAACAACCUUAACUACACCCAGCCGCGCUCCAUCAUGGGGGGAGGCGGCUCCAAAACCCCCGAGCCCGUGUCACGCCGGUCCGAACUCUCCAUCGACAUCUCAUCCCCCAGCAAGCAGGUGGACAACAUCACCAGCCCCGCCUCCACACGCUUCGGGAGCAGCGGCGCCCUGAAACGUCCCGAAGUCCUGGGACACUCCAAAACUCCAGAGACGAGCCACAAGAGGGAGGUAACGUUUGCCAAGACCCCGACUGACUCCCCGGUGAUCCGUCGCAGCGAGGCCAACAACAACAACGGCAUCAGCAGGACCCACGAGCAGAACCACUCCCGCAAACUGGAGCCCCCCAGUCCAGCAGAUCUCCGCAAACCCGACAUUAGCAUCACCAGGGCUCCUGUAGAGAACAAUGGCCACCACCCAGCAGUCCACCACCCACACCACCCCAACCCGCACCACAACACCAUCGUCACCACCAUUCGCUGCUCCUCGCCCAACCACGCUGGACGCAAGUCUCCCAACCCUGACAGGUCAGAGGUGAGCCUGAGCCACAGCAACAUGUCCGAGUCCGCCAAGCCUCACCACCCCACCUCCCAAGCCAAGGGGGAGAAGAGCCAUGCGGGUGAAUUUGGCUACGUGGGCAUCGAUGCCAUCCUGGAGCAGAUGAGGAGGAAGGCCAUGAAGCAAGGGUUUGAGCUGAACAUCAUGGUUGUGGGACAAAGCGGCCUGGGGAAGUCCACUCUGAUGAACACUCUCUUCAAAUCCAAAGUUAGCCGCAAGUCGGCACAACCCAAUCCAGAAGAGAGGAUCCCCAAGACGGUGGAGAUCAAGUCCAUCAGUCACGACAUUGAGGAAAAAGGAGUGAGGAUGAAGCUGACGGUCAUCGAUACUCCUGGGUUUGGAGAUCAUAUCAACAAUGAAAACUGUUGGCAGCCCAUUAUGAAGUUCAUCAAUGACCAGUAUGAGGCCUACUUGCAGGAAGAAAUCAACAUCAACAGGAAGAAAAGGAUUCCAGACUCCAGGGUCCACUGCUGCAUAUACUUCAUUCCUCCCACCGGUCACUGUCUUAGGCCUUUGGAUGUGGAGUUCAUGCGGCGUCUCAGCAAAGUGGUCAACAUCGUCCCUGUGAUCGCCAAGGCCGACACACUCACCCUGGAGGAGAGGGACUACUUCAAGCAGAAGAUCAGGGAAGAGCUGCGAGCCAACGGGAUCGACGUUUAUCCUCAGAAAGAGUUCGAUGAGGAUGCAGAGGACAGGAUGAUCAAUGACAAAAUCCGGGAGAUAAUUCCUUUCGCCGUGGUGGGCAGUGACCAGGAAUAUCAGGUGAACGGGAAGCGAAUCCUGGGAAGGAAAACCAAAUGGGGCACCAUAGAAGUUGAAAAUAUUGCACAUUGUGAGUUUGCAUACUUGCGAGACCUCCUGAUCAGGACACACAUGCAGAACAUCAAAGACAUCACGAGCAGCAUUCACUUCGAGACGUACCGCGUCCGCCGGCUAAACGAGUCAAACGGCCUCCCGCACCCCCACCUGCCCGACGACCUCUCCGUCGAUCCCAAAGCCAACGGUCAGCUGGAGGAGCAGCCCGGCGCCCCGCAGACCAACGGAGCGGCUGCUCAGCACGAAGCCCUGUCCCACGAGAUCUAACAGAGUCUGUGCUAGAGCCAGAUUCUGAAGGCAGGACACAAACACACUCUGCUUACAUGAACAUUCACACAUCACCUAAACACUCAUGCUGUGAAGACCACAAACUCCAAACACACAAUAAUAAAUCUUGACAUUUUCCCUGCAUGGGCUCUUCUUUUAUCUGUUCCUGCAUCUUUACUUGUUUCAAGCCCCUCUUUGACCGUCCAGUUCAUGCCAAGAUCGUCUAUUUAACCAAAAAAUAUGAAAGUGGUCAAAAAAAAAAGAUUGACUGAAAUUUAGUCAUUUGUUGAGGAAGUACAACUAGAAGAAACGGUGCCAGCCGCCCGGUCUGCUUUGUGUCGUGGUGUAUAGUGUUGUAUAGUCACUAGAGUUGUGUAGGGAUAAUUAGAUAUACUGUGUACCGGAGGUUUCUGUUGACAUCUCCACAUUAAGAACAACGCAGCAGCUACGUGGAGCUAUCUGACGCCGUUUGUCUCGCUGAGUUACCAUGUUUUAAAACCCUUUUUGUCAAACCGUUCUGCAUCUUUUCAUGUAACGCCAGCUGUGUUGUGUAGUACAAAACAUAUGUUUUCUCUCUUACUGUUGUAUUUUUAUUGCUAAUCUCAAUGUUCUAAUAUAGUGUAUGUUGAAAGUGCAGCUGUGUUGCCAUGCAUUUGUUUUUAGAUCUUUUUUUGGUCCUUACAUCAAAUCUUCCAAGUUUUUUUUUUUUUGUCUUAUUGUUCUCAAUAGAAGCACAUGCAGCAUAUGGAGUUGAUUUGUGUAUUUAUGUUUGUUUGAUGCCGUCUGUUUACUUCAACUUUCAUUCCAGCUGAUGGCUCCUUAAAAGUUUGUGAUUUAAAAGAAAAAAAAAAGUGUAGGUUUAAAUAUUUUUGUAUUUCCCGCAGAACCUUAAACCCGUUUGUGAGACUGCACUCUUCCUGCUCGGGAACACAAGCAGUCCGAUCAACACAUGACAGUUAUAGCAAUAAAGGUGCAGUCUUUAAUCAAAAAAAUGUUUAAAGAAAAUAUGCAACUAAAAAGAUUGAUACAUCUGCAAAGGUAUUUUCAAAUUUUUAAAAAAGUUUAAGCAGAACUAUCACAAAUAAAUUUAAAACUAUUGUCUACUUUCUAAUACAAAAAAGUUAUUGGGUAACACUUUGUUUACUGUUGUAUAGUUCUUGUGUAAUUUGUCAUGCUUCUAUAGAUUAAGGUUUUAUCUUUGAUAUAUUUCCAAAAUAAAGAUUGAUAUUUUUAUUGUUUGA